AAUAUACAAAUGUCUUAUUUAUUUCCCAUUUUCAGUGUCUAACGAAAUGCGGAAACGUAAACGUGAAAAUGAAGUAAAGAAAUGGACGGAGCAAGAAAUAAAAACAGUACUAAGCUAUAUGCAAGAGCACAGGAACAUAGAGAAACCAACAGCCCAGCUAUAUUAUAAAAAAUUGUUGGCAGAAACAAACAUCAAUGCAAAUUGGAACAUAUUAAAAUGUAAAAUUCGCCAUCUGAAGAGUACUUUGCAAAAAGCAGACGCAUGGAUUAAUUCAACAGGCGCUGGAGUUGAAGAUGAUGACAAUACAAUUACUGUAAAAGACAAGGUGGUUAAAAUAUGUCCACAUUACGAACAGCUUGUCGACAUUUUUUCACCUUCAAAGGAAAUUGAAUUUGUUGUAAUGGACACAUCGAACGCAUUGGACUGUACUCUUGAUGCAAUUGAUUUGGAAGAAGAUAGUGUUAUAUUGGAUGGUGAACUAUCAGCAUCAUCAGAAACUAUCUCCUUUGAAAACAAGGUUAAGCGUACAGCACGUCCUACUUGCAUUGAUAAGCUUAAAGAUAUGGAGAGUGACCGGGUCAAAUUUCGGAAAGAGCAAUUAAGCUUAGAAAUUGAAAAAUUCGAGUGGACAAAAGAAAUGGAAAAACAAAAAUUAGAAUUGGAAAGGCAGAAAGUUGAGAAUGAGUUCAAACUCAAGAAAUUAGAGUUAGAACAAAAAGAAAGAAUUAAAAAAUAUAAAGUUGAUGUGAAAUAUAAAAAUAAAUAAUAAAACAGACUUAUUAAAAAAAUUUAAAAAUGUGUACUUUUAUUCAAACAUCAUAUUAUACAGUGUUUGUCUUUUUAGCUCAGGUGUAGGUGCAGCAAUAGUAUUGCUAUCAUACUGCGUUUCACACCAUUCGCUAUUCUCACUUUCAAAUUGUGAAAAAUUGCGGUCUUCCAACAAAAUAUUAUGCAACACACAACAAACGAGAAUCCAAGAAUUGAAAAAUUUUUGGCUUUUUUUGUCUUUUAUUUUAAUUCUCAUUUGUUUUAAACUGCAAAACUUUUCUUUAAGGAUUCCGAAACAAUUUUCAACUCUAACGCGGUAUUGGCUGUGUCUUUUAUUGAAUUUGUUUUGUUGUUCAAUAUUCAUUAAAGAAGAAUUGGUGCGAUAUGGCGUUAUCAAAUGUUUAGUCAACUGGUACGCAGAGUCGCCUGCAAUCCAUUCUUCUCCAGUAAAUAAGCACGCGCUGUUUGUUGCAAUAUGCGAUUUCUUAAAUAUUUUAGAAUCAUGGUAGCU